AUGCCAAAAAUUCUCAAAAAACUGAACGUUCUCUACUGUCACGGCCUUGGAUCGUCGAUCAAUUGCCGUCAUGCAACUCAGCUUCAGGCGUACUUUCAACAGCACAAGGAUGUGUUAUUUGAAAGGUACUAUUGACAAGUCUAGUCGAAAAAUAAACGCGAUGUUCUGCUAUUGUAGAUUUGUGUACAAGAAUCCGGGAUCAUUGGAUCACGUGUGGAAUAUCAACGAGUGGAGAAGUGAUAUCGAGCAACGAAUUGGUGAGUUGCACCGUGAUGUAGAUCCGCGAAAAAGGUGAAAACAAACGUCUUGUCGGCCGAAAAAUGAUAGUGAUAAUAUCAUUAUCAAGAGCGGAAAGGAUUAUAUCGUCAUUCCGACACAGACAGGCGACAAGGAAAUGUGAACGAAACGGAGAAAGAGAAAGAGAGCAAAGAGUGUCUCCGCUCUCAAUCAAAGAGCACCAAUAGGUUCGCGAUCGCUGAGUUCUAGUGUUCUUUAGCUUCGGACAAGGAAGAGUGGGCGGGAAUGCGAGAGGUGUGUCGUCUAGGUGGGUGUGAAGCGAGAUGGAGGACUUAAAACCGAAUUAAGGCGCUCUUGAUGUCUGGAGAAUAUAGUUUGUUCGGGGGGCAACUCUGAAACGUUUUGCAACCAAACGAAGCCUAUAGGUGCGAAAGGGAAUGAGGUUUUGAGCAGCGUUUGUUGGAUAACGACGAGGUUUACUCCAGUGAAAUUGAAUCAAGAAUGUACUAACUAACCCGCAUAUAUGUACAGCAGUAUGUGAAUGAAGGAAACUAACUUUGUUUCCGUCAAUACCUGCUAGUCUAAAGCCUAAAGAUUAAUCGAAUUUUACCCCCACGUUCCUCCGCUUUUCUUUCCGCUAAGAUACCACGUUUCAUAAAACGAAAUAGUGAGUAAUGCCUAAUGCUUACUUCCGGAUGGACAGCCUAUCCAUUCAACGUUUGAUCAGCCGUUUCUCAUGAAAGUGAAAAGUAGAUGGUAGACAAAACUAUCCUGAUCCCAAGGUUCAACCUCUAGCCUCCCCCCUAGACACAUUAGGCACAUGACAAAGAACCGGAUGAUAGAUAGAUGGUCGAAGGAUAGUUAGUACAAAAGUGAUGUUAUUUGAUCAGACCUUGCGACCACUGUGAGUGGGCGGCCGAGAAACAAUAGAGAGGUUGUCGGUUGGCCGGAAAAAAUAGAUUCUUUGAAAGUGAACACAGAGUAUUUCAGGCGCCAACAAAGAACACUGGAUCCUAAUGGCUACAAGUGGAGCGUCUCACGCAGCCUUAAACAUUGCCAAGUCGCAGCCGGAUAAAGUCUCCGCACUUUUUCUCAUGUGCCCCGGGACAGCGUUAGGAUUGGAGUUUGUGGAAGGUAUCGCGCCCGGAACUCUUCAGGUACUCACUAACACUCAUUUCAGUUGAUCUGUAAUAUUCAUUUCAGCGGCUUCUAGAAACCGGGUUCAUCGAGUAUCCAGCAUCGAGAAACGGUCAUCCGGCUCUGUUGAAUGUGCCGUCUCUGGAGGAGUAUGUGAAGACUGAUAUCUGUGCGCGGAACGGACCAAUUGAGAUCAAUUGCCCGGUUUUGAUUGCUCAUGGGGAACGGGAUAAUGUAAACUUGAAACAGGAAUUGCAAUCCUUCAGUAUCACUUAUUUCAGAUCGUUCCAAUUGGAAACUCUGUAGACCUACUGAGCCGAAUAACCUCAAACUACAAGGAUUUCAUCCGCAUCCCUGACGCCGACCACUACUUCAACUUGGACGAAAACAUUCAAAAGAAGCUAGACACCCUGUUGAACGCCGUUCGAGCAAACGAGCAAAUGGCGAAACUUUAA